CAUUGAUUAGAUUGAGAAGCAACCUUGUAAACAAUUUACAAGUUUUAACGAUCACACGCUGUGGUGUAUGUCAUGGAUAACAGUCUAAUUGAUGGUGCAAUCCUGCUAGGCUAGCAUCAUCAACCGAUCUCCUUUGCAAAAUUUCUUAGUUUUCAUACUCAACCCUAGAAGAAGUCGUCAGCUAGCACGCACCAUACCUUAUCAGUGCGUGGUUUACGCGGGCCAGUUGCUAUGGAGAGAGAAUUUUCACCCCUUGAGUGAAACCAUAAGACGUUUCUUUACACUUUUACAGUUACACCGACUUUUUUUUACGUUAUCUUAUUUUUUUUCUAUAUAUACACACAACUCGAAGAUCUUUUCUUCCUCAACACAUUUCUCCCGCUUCAAAAUCUUCAUUUCCACUUCUCCUUCUUCAUUUCCUUGUACCACUUAUCAUUUGAUUCUGUUAUUGAUCCUCGAUUGAAGUUUUGAUUUCAGUCUCUUUUUAUAUCAACCGAACGAAUCCGAUUCGAUCGAAGCAGCAGAAGACCUCUUCAACUCAAAGCUGAAACAAGAGAUUAUUUGGCUAUGGAGCAAUACUUUCACGAAAUCAUGGCACAGCAAGCAGAUGGAAAUGGAAUUCAACCACAGAAGUGGAAAUCAGUUUCAGCUGCGGCAGCUGCGGCAGCUGCUGAUGCAGUUACCACUACUCCCUUAGACAACUCAGUUAAUGCUUGUUUUGACUGCAAUAUUUGUUUAGAAAAUGCUCACGAACCUGUUGUCACUCUUUGUGGACAUCUUUAUUGCUGGUCGUGUAUCUAUAAAUGGCUUCACUUACAGAAAGCCACCAAGGAACCCGAGAAUCAACCCUUGUGCCCUGUGUGUAAAGCUAGUGUCUCCUUGUCUUCACUAGUUCCUCUCUAUGGACGUGGUCGUGGUCAGCGAUCAUCUGCAUCUGAAGUUGAACCUGAUAAGAAAGGACCUUUUCCUGGAUUACAAAUUCCAUGCAGACCUUCAGCUUGUGGUGCACACGCCCUAACGGCAGCUACACCAUCACGAACUAUUCCUCGUCAACUUCAUCAACGAAAUCUCAUUGAGUCACAGACACGGCAACAACAUCAACAUCGUCAUGAUCAACCCUAUUUUAAUCAGCAACCGAUGUUUAACCUCGGUGGGACAACAACAAUGAACGCAUUUAAUCCAGUGGUUGAAAUGUUUGGAGACAUGGUUUUUGCAAGAGUAUUUGGUAACUCGGAGACGGCUAAUAUGUAUGGGUAUCAAUACCCUAUGAGUGGUAGUGGUAGUAGUAGAACAUCAUACUCUCAAGCAGGGAAUAGUAGUCCUAGAGUGAGAAGACAGGAGAUGCAAGCAGAGAAAUCCCUCAACAGAAUUUCAAUCUUCCUUUUCUGUUGCUUUGUUCUGUGCCUACUCUUGUUUUGAUCAAGCAGGGAGUAGCUCCUACUUACCACUCCUGAUAUAUCCUCUUUAUACAUCAUCUUGUACACAUUGUAAAAAGUGAAGGGGUAUAGGAUAAAGCUAAUAGUAGUUGUAAUGUAAUAGUAGUGAAAACCAAUACCAACCCGCAUGGGGUUUUUCUUCAUAAUUGUCACCGGACUGUUCUCCUAAAUUGGAUUUUCCUUUUAUUCAA